AUGAAAGUGAAAACUUUUGAAGACGCAAUAACUAAGGAGGACCUGGAAGAUCUUAAAGAAUCCAUAUCUACUCAGGAUCUUCCAUCAGCGAUAAACACCAUCAAAGAUUACCUCAAACAGCAAGAUCUUGUAGAGCUUAAUGUCGGCGUGACGGGAGAGUCUGGUUCUGGAAAGUCCACAUUUGUCAAUGCUUUCAGGGGUUUAGGUGAUGAAGAAGAGGGCUCUGCUUCUACAGGUGUAGUGGAGACCACCAUGAUACCUGAUGUUUACAUUCACCCAAAUUACAAAAAUGUGAAAGUGUGGGAUCUCCCUGGAAUCGGAACGCCAAACUUCAAAGCCAAUGAGUACCUUCAGCAGGUUCAGUUCGAACGUUAUGAUUUUUUCAUUAUUGCUUCAGAUCGGUUUAAGGAAUGUCACACUCACCUGGCCACAGAGAUCAUGAGGAUGGGUCAGACCAUUGAUUACAGGUCCAUAGAUGCCUCAUUCGACGUGUGA